CUCCCACCCUAGAGACGGGCGCCUGGUUGCUAGGGGCGGAGACGCGGGAGCCGAUGGAAGCUGCGGAUGCCAGCUUCUGGUGCCUGCGGGCCUCGGUGCCAGCCCGCCGAGAUUAGGAGGUGGCUGUCUGACUAGUUUCCAGAGGCUGAAUGAACUAUAGAUCACCAAAUACAGGAGCUCAUCAAGAAGAUCCUGUUGACUUGGGGGGAACACACCUCCCGUGACUCAAGGGAUGCUGUCACUCAGCUACCAACUGAAACCAGCUCUUCCUCGGGUUUUCUGUUGGCUCUGGGCUGUGAUGGGGAAACUGCAGAGCAAACUCAGACACAGCACUUACAAAUACAGGCCUGAUGGACUUAUAGAAGAGAGAGUCCAGACUAAAGCCUCCCAAGAGUACAGCCCCGCUCACAUGGAUACCGUCUCUGUAGUUGCUGCUCUGAACUCAGACCUUUGUGUCUUUGGAGGAAAAGACAAGACCGCUGUGGCCUAUAACUGGAGAACUGGACACGUGGUGAAAAGGUUCAGAGGACAUGAGCGGGAAAUCACUAAGAUAGCCUGUAUUCCCAAGUCAAGCCAGUUUUUCAGCGCCUCUCGAGACAAGACAGUCAUAAUGUGGGACCUGCAGGGCUCUUCCGAGCCCAGGCAGCAACUGUCUGGCCAUGCCAUGGUGGUCACUGGCUUGGCUGCGAGUCCAGACUCAUCACAGCUGUGCACCGGCUCCCGGGACAACAGCCUGCUUCUGUGGGAUGUAGGUACUGGACGGUGUGUGGAGAGAGCGUCUGUCUCCAGGAACCUGGUCACCCAUCUGUGCUGGGUCCCCAGAGAGCCGUAUGUACUCCAGUCCUCCGAGGAUAAGACCAUCAGAUUAUGGGAUAGUCGGGGGCUUCAGAUGGCUCAUGUGUUUCCCACAAAGCAGCACAUUCAGACCCACUGUGAAGUCAGCAUGGAUGGACGCACGUGUAUCUCCUGCAGCAGCGGCUUUGAGGGCGAAGGCUGUGAAGCCACAUUGUGGGACCUAAGGCAGACAAGAAACAGAAUGUGUGAAUAUAAGGGGCAUUUCCAGACAGUUGCAUCCUGUGUCUUUCUACCAAAAUCCAUGGCCUUGAUGCCUAUGAUUGCUACCUCAGCACAUGACUCCACGGUGAAGAUUUGGAACCAAGAUACUGGAGCUUGCCUUUUCACCUUGUCUCUGGAUGGAUCAGGACCUUUGACCUCCCUGGCUGUUGGUGACGUCACCUCCUUGUUAUGUGCAAGUUUCUACAGAGGAGUUCACUUACUGAGAGUGGACCACAGCCGAGGGCUGGAACUGCAGGAGGUGGCAGCCUUCUGAAGCCAAGAGACAUUGACUGGACAAUAUCACACUAUGGUCCCUCCUUUCUGUGUGGCUUUGUGUUUUUACACAUGGUCUUGGGGAGCAGGGUGCAAGUCUGGUAUUCUUUUCUUAGGAUCACUUAGAAGGCGUAUCAGGAUUAGAUGUUGGCUUAAGUCGGGUGAUUGAAAAAUUGUUUGUUUGUACCAGGAUCACUCUGUACCCCAGGCUGGACUUGAACUCAUAGCAACCCUCCUGCCUCAGUCUCCUGACUACUGAAAUUAUAGGUGUGAGCCAGCAUGCCCAAGAAAAUUCAGGUUUAGAAACAUGGACUCAAUAUAAAGUUCAUGAUCUCAGGUAAAUCCAAAUAGAGUUUUUAGUGAGCUUUUGGGACUACUCUUCAAAAGAAAUGUCCUUAUUGCUCAGGAUGAUGACUUGGAGGCUUAAGAGUGGCAAGCCUCUGUGAGAAUGAAAACAUGGGUUGGGUCAUGAUGUUUUCCUUGUCUCCAUGAAGGAAAAAUGUUUCAAGACAGAUCAAGCUGGUGAUUGUGUUGUUCCGUAGAGGAAGUGGAUGGCCAACAGUGAGAUUAAACAAAACCACCUCAAAGCCUCUUACAGCAAGAGAGCAAAAGCCCUGGCUUUGUCCUGGGGAGCAGAACAGGAGGCAGGAACUCCUGCCAUCUACCUUCCUGGGCCUGUGUUGCCCAGGGGACGUGCAAACAGGUACAAGGACACCUGCCCCAAAUGACAGGAAUCAUUCAACCUGCCCCAUGUACCGGGAAGCAGAGGGGUUGGGAGACUAAGGCUAAGACAUAUGCAUUUGUAAUUUGAAUAGUUUUAUAUAUAUAAAAAACACUACCCAUCCACAUCCUCCCUACCUCCCACCAAAGGAGUCAGCUCUGGAACAUAGAACUCGGGACACAGAGGGAUGAUGGAAUUAACUGAGCCUGGCUACUACACACCCUUCAGUGAGGAGGGUGAAGGUGCUUACAUUACUAUGUGGCUCCCAAGUCAGUCCUUGGCCUGGAACUUGAGAGAAAAUGGAGCCCUUUUCGCUUUUAGAUGGGUCUCAGGCUGGCCAGAGAAUGACUGCCUUUAUAGCUGCUGGCUCCUGUCUGUCCGUCCGUGGUUCAGGACUGGCCACCAUUUCCUCUCUCCAUCCUGCUGUCCCUAGGGUCAGGAGGAGAGUGUGUUCUUGAAGGCACACAGAGUCCGGCCUGAGUGAAGUUCCACCUCAUAUGUAAUAUGGUACUCGCGGCUAUACCUCCCUCACGGGGCUGUUCCUGAGGGCAAGACGCAAGGGAGUCACCAGUAUCUUGUCUGGACUGAAUGCCUUUUCAUAAUAAACAUUUACCAUUCCUUCA